AUGCCUUCUCUUUUCCACUUUCUCCUCUCCCUCUCGUUGGCCACUUUCGUCGCCGCGGGCAACCUACAACUCAACAAACCAGACCCCAGGAAAAUGCUGGAUGUUACCGAACCCAUCACGAUAGAAUGGCGCAUCGACGCCGGCAGCCCCGAGACGAAAUAUACCCAACUUGAUAUUUCGUUCCUGGCCGCGACUGACACUGACGUUGGGUACUCUUCCUACGUGGUGGCCGCCAACCUAUCAGUCAACGUCGGUAUCAGCAUCUACGCCUGGGAUCCUUCCGAACUGGCCAGAGACCUGCUCAAGCCCGACCUUGUGCUCUCGAAGGAGGAAAAGUCCAUCUUCGACAUCAGGCUUCAUGGAGGCCCCUCCAACGAAGGUAGGGCCAUGGGCCAUCGUUUCGACAGGUUUGUCAUCGAGGGCUAUGGAUCUCAGCUUGGUCUGGGCGACAUGGUCCGACCUACCCUGGGCCUCUCAGUCUUGUUAGCCGCGGCAGUCCUUCUUCUUGUUGGAGCCUCUGAAGCUCCCGUGACGUCCAAGCCUCGUCGAGGGACGGCGUUGGCUGGUGCUGGUUGGUGGGAUGAAACCACUACUUGGUCUUUGAUAUGGUACUUUGACGAGUUCAACAACCUAGUCCACCUGAACCGAAACUCCGGUAUCGCAGCAGUCCUCCUCGGCGCGACGGACGGAAUCCGUGUCUAUGUACACAGCGAGCAGUAUGAGAUCCACUCGCUUAGCUUCACGAACGACCGCGACUGGAAAUACGACAAGAUUGUUAACCCGGACCGCGACAAGUCCAGCACGGCCAUCGGUGCUCUUAGCCGGUUUGGCAAUUCCAACGAGAUUACGCUUAUAACCCCCAAAGACGGCACCAAUAUGGAGGAGACGAAGCUUGACCCUGAUGGAAUUUGGUAUAUUGACACAUUCCCUACGCCUUUACAGGUGAGCAACCUAACAAGCAACUCCAACCGAACCGCCUACGGCGUCUCCGAGAAGUUGCCCAACAGCGCCGUUCUUAGCGCGUGGGACGGAGCUCCCGGCAAUAUCGGGGUCGCCAUCGGCCCAAAGUCCCGGUCUCUCUUCUACAUCGGCACCGAUCGCGCGCUCCACCAGCUGGACAGUUUUCCCUCGUCUCGGAGACGCGCAGACGAGGUUGAUCCUCUCGAUACCGGCACGUGGAAAAACGUGGCCGAUCAGGACACGUCCAGGUGGCCGCUUGCCGACAAGGAGAACUCCGAAUUUGCCUUUACGACGUGGCUGGACGAUAAAGGCGGCAACAUCCGAUUGUUCUACAUGGCAGAAGGCAAAUUGACCCAGGUUAUCUACAGCAACGAGACGUGGCACCAAGCAGAGCCCGUCGCGACGAAGCCAAAGCCGAAAAAGUCGUUAUCAAAGGGCGCCAAGGCGGGCAUCUCGGUCGGCUCCAUCAUUGGUGGUUUAUUGCUCCUGGCGAGCGCGGCAGCCCUUUACCGUUUCCGGGAACGGCUGCCCUGCCGCCGCCGCAAGCCCCGGCUUCCCAUAUCUGAUCCAAAGUUCACACCCGUGCUGUUUACCGAGGAACCCAAGGAACUUCCUGUGCACAGCAUCCAUGCGCCGUACGGCGGCCAGACCCAUGAGAUGUCCGCGGAAGACCCAAUUACCCCGUCAUCCCCGCCCUUACAGUCGGAGAUCACUCAGUUUGGCAAGUAG